AUGUUUAAUAUUAGUCAUGGUGAUAAGAAAGGUGAAGUGGAGAAAGAGGAGGAAGAAAAGACAACGAAAGUGGAAGCUGGAAAAGUAGAAGGAGCCAGUGAGGAGGCAAUUAAGGUGGAUAAAUAUGAUUUUCGCAAUUUUGACUUUUUUCAAAUUAGAAAAGAAGUUAUGGCGAUUGACCCUGAAAAAUAUCCCGAAGUGGGGAUUUGA